UCCUCUAAACCGUCUCUGGCGUAACUCAGAAAUUUCAAACCUGGGCUGUCUAGUCUGACGAAGUCGCCAUUUCAAAGCGCAAAGGAGCCACAGAAGCUGUAGGGAAUUUUGUAAUUUAUAUUUUUCAAAUAUAUAUAUAUAUUUAUUUUUAGGAAAAAUAUAAUACUUCUAUCUCGCUAAUCUACCUCGCCUGCAUCACAAACUGAAAUGGAUGCAGACACAGAAGAAAAGGUGACAAGAACGUCAAAGAUUUCCAAGGAUGAAUCUCAAAAAACAUUAAUAGACAACAAAUCUAGGGGUCGUGGGUUUAAAAGCCGUGGUCGAGGGGGUCGGAUGAGUCGAGGCGGCAUGCGUGGUGGGCGGGGCCUGAUGAAAGGGUUUGGUCCACCUGGAUAUGGGAGGGGUCAAGCGAAAGAUGGAAUCCUGAAUGGAUUUGCACCCAUGAGAGCAAUGAGGAGGAUGCGACCUUACCCAGACCUAAGAGGUCAUCGAGGUAGGGGUGGACCAAUGGGCAUGGGCCCUCCUCCUCCCCCACCACCUCCCAUGCACCUCAGAGGCCCCUUUCCACCCAUGCCCAGGCACAGCCCCCCUCCACCCCCUCCUCUAGGUCAUCCUGGUUUUAGAGGGUGUCCGCCACACCCUCGAGGCCGUGGCAUGCUACCCCCUGGACCUCCACGCCACUUCCACCCCCGCAGUCCAAGAGGCUACCACAAUGGACCGGUCUCUCCUCCGCCUCACCCCCCACCUGGCAGAGGCCAGAGGUGGCCAGGCCCCCCUGGUGGCCGUCGCUUUUAACACAGCCUGCCCUAAAAACAAUAACCAAACACUUGUUAAUGUAGAAGGGGCCUAAAGUGGUGGAGUAAAAGAAAAACCCCUUAAUCAUGUGUUACACAAAGUCUUUUAACAUCUUCAUGACAUACUCUGUGGCCAAAUGUCUGCUUAUUGAUAUUGUCUACUGGCAAAGAAGUAAUGUGAAAAUUACUAAUAACAACAUAAAAUGCCUCACAACUUUAACGAUGUAAAGGCAUUCUGUUAUCUAUGUUACAAAAAUACUGUUGGUACUGUAGGAACUAUUUGACAUUGUUGAGAAAAAACUCUUGAAAUAGCUGUUCUCAAAGGGAGGAAAAUUAUUGUCAAAGUUCAUUAAAUGUUCUGUGGUUCUUGUUACAGUCGCCCUGUGAGCCUUAGGAAUUGUUUCUGAUCCCUGAUAAAGAAUAAAAAAUGGGUGACACUGUAUAUUUGAAGGUGGGGAAAGAUGGCUGAAAAAUAAUGAGAGUGCACAGUAGCCCUUGAGUUAGUUAACUAGCUUAGUACACCUUGGACCUCUCUAACCUUUCCUUUUGUUACAUGGAAAUAGUUAUGUAUUAUAACCAAGCAGUGCAGUAAAUAUUGUUUAACACUUACACAUUUUCAAGUGAAAAGACAAUAUUGUCAAGUAUUGAAGUUUGAGUAUUUAACUUGAUAUUGUUAAUGUGCAACUAUUUUAAGUUACCAGUAUUGCUGUUUGGAACAUUCAUGUUUGUCUUCAGCAAUCUAUCUUGUAAUGACAAAAUGGAGAAGGCAUUAUAAAUGAAUAGUAUAUUGAAAUAUAUAUUUAUUAGAUUUUCUAAAGCAAAUUUCAGUAGUAUUUGCUCCAGUUAAGAACAACUCUUUACUGUGUUUAGUUUUUUUUUAAAGUGUUAUAAAUACUGUAAUUAACCUAACUUUUGUGAACAUGUAAAUGUGUUUGAUGGAAACCGUCAAGACAUAUGACAUAGUCGUGGAUAAAAAAAAAAAAUAAAAUACAAAAUAAACUUAACUUCUCUUUUUUUGUGUAUUCACAAACAAGUCUGAGAGUUUCCAACAUAUCUGUAAUAUAUAUGGAAGAGAAUGAAUUGUGUCAAAACUAGUACUGUACAAAGUGGCACAGUCACAGUGUUUCAUAUUUGAAAGUGAACAUUUGAUCCAUGUAAAGACCACUGCAAAA